AUGGAUACCUACCAUGAAAUCGACACCAUUAAACUUGAGAAACUGAAAGCGAUGCAGCGUUACAGAACUUUCAACAAGAUCGCCAACAUUAUCCGUAUGCUAGAAAUCAUUGUUGCAAUAAGUUUCAUCUCCUACUCAAUUUCCUUCGGUUCGUCCUACUUACCGGCACUUUUUGAACUCGCCGAUAAAUUUCUCCGGCGACUUUCUUCCUUAAUUUUUAGUCCUCACUUCGUUUUCGUAAUCGGAAACAUAAUCAUCGUAACGCUGUUCGCAAAAUCUUCCUCUGAGAAAACCUCUUUCACUUCCAAUAAUGCCGGUGAGGAAAUAUUCGGUGAAGUCGAAACCGUAGUCGCUGAAUCUCCAGUGGUGGUCAAGGAAGUUCCAGCAGUGGAGGUGAGAGAAAAAGAGGAGAAAAUUUACCGAAGGACGAAAUCGGCAGGAGAAAUAGUGGUUGUAAAAGAGGAUGAGAAGAAGGUUUUACAACGUUCGGAGACGCAAAUCCGCCGGAAAAUUGAAAACACUGAGAAAAAUCCUGUGAUUUUAAGGAGAAAAGGUCGGACGUUUGAAGAAGAUGAAUUGAGUAAUGAAGAGUUUAGAAGGAAAGUUGAAGCGUUUAUUGAGAGACAACAAAAAUUUUUAAGAGAAGAAAAAUUAGCUGUUAUUGUAAGUAACUAA